AUGUAUAUGGUGCAAUUGCAACACAAGACCUGCAGUGAUUCCAAAGCGGACUCGAGUGGGCUUAUAGAGCUGAGAGAUGCAGCAUUUGCAGCGCUCGAGAGCAAUGUUGUGAGCAGUGCUAAUGGGUUCAUCGACAUGAUCUAUGAGAGCAUGCACAUGGUGGCUCAGUGUGGAGGAAACUUAGAAGGGUGUGAAUGUGGAGGGUGUGUGAACAAUGCAGUCCAAAUUGCUCAAGAUGAAUGUGGAAAUUCACUCUCAGGAGAAGUAUAUCUGGACAGCUGCUUCAUUAGCUUUAGCUCCAAUGACAAUAAUGGGAUUCCUGAAUGUGGAGGGUGUGUGAACAAUGCAGUCCAAAUUGCUCAAGAUGAAUGUGGAAAUUCACUCUCAGGAGAAGUAUAUCUGGACAGCUGCUUCAUUAGCUUUAGCUCCAAUGACAAUAAUGGGAUUCCUGGCAACUCAAAUCAAGGGAAUGAAACAAAUCAAAUUAGUACAUCUUCAGGGAGAUUAGUAGCAAUUGUUGUGGGAGUAGCAGCUGCAUUGCUAUUUGUAUUCAUGUUCUUUUAUUUCUAUCGAUCUUCGAAGAGGAAAAGCGAUGAUUGGUGAAAGGAGAAGACUAGAUUUGAUUUAAAAAGAACUCUUUAGCAGAGGUAAAAUGUUGUACUAAUUGGCAUUUCUUGCAACUUGCAAGAAACUACUUCUUGCUCACAAUUGGUGGGUGAGAUAAGGAGAACUUGGAAAUGUGUGAUUUGGUUGGGUUGUUAAGAAUUGAGUAAUAUGA